CAAAUGAGUUCAACGUGUUCCAGUCGUGUGUCUGUCAGGAAAAACUCGGGCGUACGUCUGAGGAAAAGCGACAUAUAUUCUGCCUUAAAGAUUUCCCAUUUACCGAAACACUUUGAGGAAAAACAACUGCGAGAGUAUUUCGCACAGUUUGGCACUGUUUAUGGUGUUCACUUGCCCAGGUCAAGGAAGACACUUAAUGCGAAAGAUCAGGCCUUCAUCUUGGUGGAUAAGGAGAUAGCGUCUAUUAUUGCUUCAACUGUUCACAACGUCCUUAAUUUCAACAAGAUCAUGAAGUGCCAAAUUCUGGAUACGUACUAUCCAAGAUGGUUUAGAAGAACCCCCCCACCUGUGUCCACUGUUGAGUUGGAGAAACGCCGUCGCCUUAAAAGCACUGUGAAGCAAACGCGGGACGCCUCAAAACGACGGAUGAAGAAUCUCCGCAAUCGCGUAGCCGCCCUUAAGAAACUCGCCCCCGCGUUCCAACUCAACGUGUUCAAUGGUGCCCCUACUCCCGCACCUUCAUCCAACUGA